GUGUGGUGACACUGCUUCAGAACGCUUGACGCCAUAACAUGGCGGUAGUCGCUUCCUUUUGCGUGGAAUAGUUCGAGGAGCACGUUGGCUGUUUGUCGCAAAACUAGGCGCGAUGGUUCGCAUGAACGUAUUGAGUGAUGCGUUGAAAUCUAUCAACAAUGCUGAAAAGCGGGGGAAGAGACAAGUUCUCUUAAGGCCGUCGUCCAGGGUUAUUAUUAAGUUUCUCACAGUAAUGAUGAAGCAUGGUUAUAUUGGUGAAUUUGAAAUUGUUGAUGAUCAUCGUUCGGGUAAAAUAGUUGUUAACCUCACUGGGAGACUAAACAAAUGUGGAGUUAUAUCCCCAAGGUUUGAUGUCCCCAUCAACGAUAUUGAGAAAUGGACCAACAACCUUCUUCCUUCUCGCCAGUUUGGGUUUGUUGUGUUGACAACAAGCGGUGGAAUCAUGGAUCAUGAGGAAGCAAGAAGGAAACAUCUUGGGGGGAAAAUUCUUGGUUUCUUCUUUUGAGGAAACAUUGUGAAAAGUGAAAUAAAAACAUCUUAACACUA